ACGGAUAUUAUGCGCUGAUGAGAUAUUUUGUUAGAGAACUUUAAAACCAUCACAGACUUCACUGUGUUCAGAUGUUAACUAAGCUUCGUGAAAGUUGUGAAUGCAAUCUUCAGAGAUGAUCAUCACAGGAUUUGAGUGAAUUGUAUAUUGACAAACGAGAACAAUGACGACUAUAAAUGUCUUUGAGGCUGUGCCUUUUUCUACCGCAUCGACGGAGAAUGUGACUGAUCUCUACCCCACACUGGUGACAAACACUGUCACAGAACCCCAUAUACAACCAAUCUCGCAAACAGAGCAAGUCUUCGAAGCUUUGAUACUAUGUAUGAUCAAUCUUAUCGCCUUCGUGGGGAAUGUUCUUCUUUGGUGUGUGGUUGUCAGGAAUAAAGCAUUGAGAACGACUUCAAAUGCAUUAGUUUUGUGUCUGAGCAGUGCGGAUAUUCUCGUGUCUGUGGUAAACAUGCCGAUGACAAUUAUCGCCAUAAUCAAAGGUGAUAAAUUCUUCACUGAUAGUAUAUGUGUUUUUCUUGGAUUUGCCAACAUGACUUUUUUCAUUGGAUCUGUCAUGUCACUUGCAGCCAUAAGUCUUAAUCGAUAUGUACUUAUCGUGCAUCCUAACAAAUUCAAGACGAUUUACACAGUUCGAAACACCGUAAAAGUCAUUAUACUUGUGUGGUUACUGUCAAUGGCUUUGGCAAGUCCUCCUCUCAUAGGCUGGGCGAAGUACGACUUUCUCUCCGGUCAGUCUUUCUGCUUCUGCGAUUGGAAGGAAAGCAUCAGCUACACGUUCUUUAUGGUGAUCGUCUGCUUCGGCGGUCCAUGCUCCGUCAUGUCAUUCUGCUACUAUAAGAUUUUACGCGAAGUACGCAGAAGUAGAAAACGUAUAGCAGCCGCUAACAACGCGUCCGGCAUUAACAGUGAAAAUAGUUCAAUUAGUACUAUAAGUAAUAAUAACUCGACUUUAAGGCGGGGAAAUGGACACGUAAACGGUGCGUUUAUCAGAGGAGAGUCUUUGGAAACAGAGAAGAAAAGCAGAUUUUCGUCAAUACAUGAAGCACUUACGAGACAACUAUCAAAAAGACUUGCACGUGUCGAGCCAAUUGAUCCACCCACGACCAACCCAUCAGAGACAGUGAAACAAGGGGUGUCUGGGGCUGGUAACUCAUCACCGACUGGUAGCCUGGCUAGCAAGCAAGGCGUGUCUGGUUCCCCGACGCUAAAUGGCUCACCAAAACGUGAUAGUAAAUAUCAACAGGCAGUUGGUACCAACAAGGCACCAAGGAUACGCAUUCAAGAGGCUUGUCUUCGUCGUACCAUCUCGUCCGACUCCCGAGGAGGGAGUAUCAAGUCAUUAAUCGGCGGGGAGAAGCAACAGAAUGAAAACCCAUCUGGGAAAUCCUCGCCCAAACGCGGACCUACAGUUCGUAAGCUUUCAAGCUCAAUGCUUGCUGUACCUGGGCUGAAAUCAGCACUAGGAUCCCGCAAGAGGCGUGCCAAGACCGCCAGCGAAAGGCGACGCAAGCAAGAAGAACUCAAACUCACCAAAUCAUUUUUAGUGGUGAUUCUUGUUUUCAUUAGCUGUUGGUUUCCAUUCUGCAUAACAAUGUUUUGGAGUGUGUUUUCACCACACCCUGUCAUGAGGGCAGUAGACAUGACAUCCUUACUCCUAGGUUUCUUCAACAGUUGUUGUAACCCUGUCAUCUAUGGCGUGAUGAACACAAGAUUCCGCGCCGGAUACAAACAGAUUUUCUUCACCAUCUUCUCGUGUUGUCGAUGUGGAAAGCCUGAUGACAAGACGAGGCCGCAGAGAAGUCUGGGUUCUAUCACUGGAACAAUUGGAGCAGGGUACCAGGAUGAUGCUAGUUUCACCGCAUAGCCCUUUUAUUUUGUUAAAAGAAUGUGUGCAGGGAAUUAGACUGGUGCCUAACACAAUCAAACAUAGCCCAAGUCUACAACAGCGUCUCAAUCAAGCGUCUCUGGCUUACUACGGCUACAUUGGGUGCAGUCACAAUGCCGAAAGACUUGAUCGAUCUAGUCUUAGCCUCUACCGAAGCCGUUAAUGCAGACAUGGCCUGAGAAUAUUAACGGUAAAAAAAGGUCUUCCAAACAAUAUUGUGUAGAGUUUCACCUCAAACCAAACUCUUAAUAAUUAAGUUUCCAAAAGUGCCAAGGUUUAAAAACUCCAUCAAUCAAUGUUCAUUAUAGCGUUACUUUCAAGUAAAGAAGAACAAAUUAGACUCCGUUCUCAUCAGUCGCUAAAUUUCUACGAGACACAGAGAAGGAAACGGCCAACCAUUUUGUCGUCACAUUCUAAAUAAGAUGACCAGGUUGUUAUGAUUAUUUUACACAAUUCUUAAAGUGUUUCAAGGGGCAUGCACAACAUUGGUAAGAAUGUACCAAUUUAAAUGUUUACAGACUCAGAAACAUUUCUGCCAAAAGUGCCACAAAAUAAUUAUCACGAAAUGGGAGUAAAACGAUUAAUUUGAUCCCACGCACUCAAGGUUUAUUUUUAUGGGUCACAAAAACUGCCGGCGCUGGUCGUUGGCAAUUAUUAACAAUGUGCAUUAAAAAACUCUAUGUUGUUUUUUUUUAUUAUAUAAUUAAUUACUAAUUCGAACCAUUGACUUAAAAAAUAUGUAACGAAACACAUUCAUAUUCGGAUAUACUCGGAUAAACAAGCAUCAACGCCAAAGAUAAAUAUAGCAAAAGAGUGUCCUAUAGGAGACUUUGGAACGCUAGGUGGCAGCAGAAUUAUCAUGUAAAUUUCAAUUGUUUACGUAGUUCUGAGCAUGCGCACAUUACGAGAACAAUGGUUAGUCUGCUGCCAUAGUGUCCCGAAUGUGAUAUAAAGUAUACUCUAAUUUUUUUAAGCCAAAGGAACAACUUGUAUAAAGUCUGAAUGAUCCAUUGAAAACACGUCUUGAUCAUGCAUGAAGGAGCUUGUAAACAAGCUAGAUAUUUGCCUGUCACAAACUAUUUAUCAAAAGCCAAAUCUGGCAAAUAUUUCCGAUCAGUAAAACGCUGUUUGUUUUCUUGUAGGAGUGUGUACUCUUAGAUCAAAUAGCAGCUAUGGAAUUACGUACAACCUGAUAUGUAAAUCGCGAUGGUUUCAAUAACUGGUCGCUAGACACUGCAUGUAUUAUGUUACAGUCUCAAAUCAGACUGAGUGCUUGGUUGCAUGUUGUUGCCACUUGACUUGACUAGAUUGAUCUAAACAUUCAGAGUGCAUGGGUUGCAAUGUUAAAGUACGAACAUCGAGUCUGUUUGUGAGCGUGUUUGACAACUUACAACUAGAUCGCCCUUCAUUCCAUUACGUGUGCAAAACCAAUGGAGAAGUCCAUUAUCAUAAAUACAAAGUCUAAAUAAGGGAACACCGAAGAGAAAUCCCAGGAUUUAUAUGAUUAUCCGAUAUGCACAAUUUUCCCUGACUUAUUUUAUAAUUAAGCUGAGUAUAUGCUCUUGUUCGAUUCUUUUCAAAUUGUGUAAAAUGGUAUGGGGUUUUGUGACGUCACAGCCGUGAGUUUUUUCAACCCGCUCGUUGGUAAAACUAUACUGGCGGUCUUUCUUGCAAACAAUACAACCAUUUACCAAUACAAUGCUUUCACAUUACCCAUAUUGGGCCUAUAAAAUAAAGGAAUCAAUAGUAUACUGCCAGAAAUUAAUAAAAACAUACACCGCACACUUUUGUCCCGCCUCGCAUGUUGCCACAUACAUGAAAAACGCCACUAGCUUUAAAACCGGUCUGGUCAAUGGUGCGAGAAUGUCCCUAAGCUUAGUUUGCAGUUUGCAGUCAUUGUCCCAAAUUGGUAAUUGUGUUACGGGCCUACUCAAAAUUAAAUUAUUUUUUCUCAAAGGUGUGUUUUUUAACCUUUCGUUUCAUCUGGUCUUUUUUUUAUUGAGUAAGCUGUCCCUUUCAACCCUUAGCCCCGGUAGCUCAAGCUAUUGGAUUUAAGUAACAAGCAAACACUAUAAUUUAAUUGUUUAUUUACUACUUAUUAUUGUUUAAUCCUCGCUCUGCACACAUGCUUCUGAAUAAUUAUAGAAUCUUUGUCCAUACUGUCUUGUAUGCUUCAUAAACCAAACAGGGUUUUAGAACACGAAUAAAAUCCACCUGGUAUACACAAAACGCCAUCGAUUACCAUGACAGUUUCUUUUAUACAUGCGGAUGUGCUACCGGUGCUAUACCUUUAAAGGCAGUGGACACUAUUGGUAAUUACUCAAAAUAAUU